AUGGCCCCGCCAUGGGUCAUGUUCGAUAGCGCUGCAUCAUACGGUGGAAAUUGCGCCAAUGGAGCAGAACCAGACAUCGCUAGGGUAGGGGUCGUUCUCUCCUUUGUGAUCGCGAGCAUCAUGACGACGACAGCUUCAGUACUCGCUAUGCUUCUCGACCAAGCCUUUGAUUCAAAGGGCCGGUUCACACUGAAAGCACCCGUCAAGUAUAUCCGCGAACGGUUCCUAGAUACAGAGUGGAAGAAAGACUAUGCAUGGCGGCCGUUCCUAGACCCGCUCAUCAUAGGGCUGGGUGAUCAGCAGCUCAUCACAGGCUACGCGGUGUUGCUCAGCGGAUGGAUAAAGGUCGCGCAAAAGUCCUUCAAGGUCCAAGGCGCCCACUUCGUCCUUAUCCUCUAUAUCUGCGCCCUCUCCUCCUCGUCCCACCUCGCCGCCCUCAUCACGCUACGCAAAUACUUUCGCAAGUAUAAACUUAUCGCCAAAAUCCGCAUCACCUUCGUGAUAUUCUUCGCCGUCUUCCUUUUCGCAUCCAUGAUCGCCGCGAUUUGCAUGUCACCUACCACCAUCGAACACGGCGACGGAACAACAGAGGAGAGAAGCCGUGUUCAACGAUUGUCGUUCCUCGUUCCACUGUUUUUGAUUCUAGUCGGGUUUUCAACAGCGCUAGUGUGCAUCUUGUAUGAUCCACAAAGCAAGAGUCUCGCUUCUCGCGCGUCAUCAAGUUCUUCGGGGAGCACGAUGAUGGGUCUUAUUCAGCGCGUUACAGAGCCGCCUCAUGGCAUCAGCUUGCCAGCUCAUCUCGGCCUACAGAUCAUAUACUAUCUCUUUCUCAAUCCGUUGAUCGCCUUUGCGGUUCAGAUCCUGCUAGCCAUCCUGUCUGCUAUUCUAGUCUUGAGUCAGAAGUUCGCUGUUCCGGAUGAUGCGAAGCGGUUCUGCGGACUGCAGGAUGAACUGGAGAAUAUUUGGGGGUUUGGCCAGACGCUGAGUGUUGCCAUGCUGUUACUGCCGGCUUUGAGCGCUACGCAUACGUAUCUCGAAGGCAGACAGGAUAUUAGCCAAGGGUUCACUAGGUCGAAAGAUUGA